AUGUCGACUAGCGCGGUUCAGUUAAGGCAACCACUACAGUAUCCUCAGCACCAUCCGUGGCCUCUUUUUCAAGGGGAAAAGGGUUCGGGGAUGGGCUCAGGGAUGCGAACGUGGUAGCUCUAAUUCAGAAUGCUUCGGAGCAUUCAACGGCCAGGGCUAAUACUUCAGUUGAGGAGGAGCGAAAGAAGAUAGCCUCGGAGGUGAUGGCCCGUGCAGAGCGGCAAGUGGAGGAGCAGCGUUGGGUGGACGCCGAGGUCGAUCGCAGAGUCCAGUUGCUGGCCGAAGAGGAAUUUGAGCGUCGUCGUCGUUGGCCUGACUUUGUCUUAAGGCUCCUGAUAGUGUUGAUUAUCUUCUAUAUCAGCAUAUCAAUGGCCAUGGGCUUCUACUUCAUUUUUCAGUUUUCUUCUUGGAUUCUGCGACUUGUAUGAAGGCAGAAACUAUGAGAGCAGAAACUCUGAGACUCUAUAAAAGCGCUAAUUUUGGCGGAGCUGGAAGCCAGGGAAGCGGCUCUGAAAGAGAAGCUGGAAGAGCAGCUAAAACUGGAUGUAGCUGCAGCGCGAGAGGAAUACCUAAGCAGGCAAGCAGAGUUAUGCUUUAAAUUUCUCUGAUCCUAGUACAGCUACAGAAUCUUGGUCUUGCACUAGCACAGAAUGACAGAGUAGCACAGACGAGAGAGCAGAACAGCACCGAAUCUUGCACUAGCAUAAUUUCUUCUGACUAGCACAAGGGUAUACUACUAGGGCUACGUCCUCUUUGUAGGGCUGCAUCCUCUUUGUAGGAUUUGCUGCUAGGCGGGCUACAUCCUAUGGGCUUACUACUAGGGCUACGUCCUGCUCUCUGUGCGAGCACUAUCUCUAGGUACUCCGCUCUUUGUCGAGCUUUCUUUCAUCUAGUGAGGAGGAGCGUGAGAAUCAACGGCUGGAGGCUCUGAAUAAGAGGGAGCUUGACCGCCAGCGUGAGGAGCAGAACCGUCUGGCGCGACAGUUACAAUUAUGGCCUCCAACCUAAAUUAAAAAAUGUUGUCGUUGUGUGGCCAUCUACUUUCUCAGCAUGUUGAUCUCCCUCCAACCUAAAUAUUGUCGUGUGUCCAUCUACUUUCUCGGCAUGAUCUCUCUGGUAGUAAAAUCAGGUAGACCUUCGACAAAAACAGAGUUUGCUUCUCUUUGGUAGGAAGUUGUGUGCCUCCUGGCGCGACCCUUUUGUUGUAGUUGUUCCCAUAGAAAGAAGAAUAAAAGGCGAGGAAACAAAGGCACCAAGAGGAUGAUUCCAUAGAAGAAUUCAAGGGGAGACUGAAGUUUGCUACAAAGUAACAAAGGUGUACCUCCAACUGGAACUGUUAGAACUAGAUAGGGGAGCAUCAUCAUGAAACAGAAGUAGCGUAGUAGAAAAGUAGACAAGUAGAAAAGUAGCGACGUAGUAGAAAAGUAGCGACGUAGUAGAGAAGCAGCGCGUUAGAACAGAAAUAAAAAAGUAGACUCUCCAAUUGAAGAGCAGGAAAGAGAAGUGGAUGCACUGUUGGAGAAGGGGCGACGGGAGGCACAAUUGCGAAAGGAAGAAAAAGCUCGAAAAAAAGCGAUGCGAGAAAUGAAGAAGAACGCAUCCUUCGCUAGUGCUACCUCAACAGAUAAGAUGUUGAAUUAGGGCAAGAACCUAGUAAAAGUAGUGCCACAGAUAUGACUAAACCAUCCACUUCCAGAACUAUAGGGCGAAUACCUAGUAUAGGCACAGAUAUGACUAAACCAUCCACUUCCAGAACUAUAGGGUUGGAGUAGUUUUCCUCCAUUGUGUUUUUGAAUGCUGGGGGGGGUACUCUCUUGGUCGCCGCGACCAAGAAAGGACUUCUUAUCCCCAGCUAGCAGUAUCCGUGGGGGCCUCUUUUUCAACUAGAAAAAGGGCCCAAGGAUGGUCACUCAAAGGAUGCGACGCGAUAGCUCUAAAAAAAACAGCACCACAACAACCAGUUGUAUAUAACAGCGGGAGCUACGACAAUGUCCUCUACAUCUAGCUCCGCAACUGCGACUGCGCAACAUGGACACAACAGGACAGCAUCAUCCAAAAGUAGUGAUGACGUUAUACUUAAGGCACAAUUUUUACGUCCAUCUUUUAACCACAUCAAGAAGAUCAUGUUCAUGGCACAUCAGUUGAAUGGACCCUCAGCUGCUUGCACGCACAAUCCACCUCGUCUAACUUAGUGAUCGACGAUGAUCCGAAAAAUGGGUCGCCAAUGCCCGUGGGAAGUCCAAGGAUGAACGUAUUCCACUCAAGCUUCCAACACUUGAGUGACCAGGCAAAACGAAGUCAGCAUCCGCGUUAGUAGGGAUGCCGGUAUUUAUGCCGAGAGAAGAAGAAAAUCUGCGCUGCCACUUCUAGGGAUCGAAAUUGGUGCUGAGAGAAGGAGAAAAUCAGUAUCAGGGGUGUGACUUCUGGAAAUGGAAGAAGAACUACAGGGCAUUCAUCACUACAGAGGUGACUUUUACGCAAAAUCACUGGAGUCAUUUAUUUUGACACACUGCUGGAACUGUUUUGUCCCGCCAAUAGGCUCCAAGUACUACAUGGGACACCAUGAGGAUUCAGUCCCCUUGUCUGGCCAGAAGAAAGGACUGGGGGCAGAAGAGCAGGGCUCUGAAUUUUGAAAUUCAACAAGGAUCUUUCACCGUAAUACAUUAUAAGGCUACGGUCGUGGCCGGUGAGAAAACACAGAUUCGAGAAGUAGAGCUCAUUUCAGUCUUCUGUUAUGGGAGAAUAAUAUUUUUGGUGAUAGGAGGCAGUGAAAAGGAC